GUAGCUAUCAACAUAUGUUGAGAUCUGAAGUAGAAAAGAUCCCGACAAACAUCAUUUCCCAUGAAGCCCCGCGAAUAGCUUCUGGAGGGUGUCAUCAUCUAGACACCGGUGGCGUGGGUCUCUUGUCAAACUGGGGAUUGUCUCUGUCCUCUUCUCACUUUAACCGACGGAAAAGCAAAUAGCUGGGUAUUUUAGACAUAAUGACGGAACGGAAAGGAACGGCGAAGUUGGACUACUUGAGAAAGAUUGAAUUAGAAAUCCAGGAGAAAUGGGAGAAAGAGAGAGCCUUUGAGAUUGACGCUCCGACAACAGUAGGAGAAAGCACAAACAAGAGCAAAUACUUUGUCACCUUCCCGUAUCCUUACAUGAAUGGUCGUUUGCAUCUUGGACAUACGUUCAGCUUGUCAAAGUGUGAGUUUGGUGUUGGAUACCAGUCUUUGAAAGGGAAGAAAUGCCUCUUUCCGUUUGGGCUGCACUGCACAGGAAUGCCAAUCAAGGCCUGUGCAGACAAACUAAAGAGGGAGAUGGAGUUGUAUGGAAACCCCCCUCAGUUUCCAGAGGAGGAGGAAGAAGAAAAGGAGAAGCCCCAAGCAUCCGAUGAAAUCAUCAUCAAGGAUAAAGCGAAGGGCAAAAAGAGUAAAGCAGUGGCCAAAGCUGGAACCUCCUCUUUCCAAUGGGAUAUCAUGAGGUCGUUGGGCCUGAAUGACCAGGAGAUUGCCAAGUUUGCCAACGCUGAGCACUGGCUGGAGUACUUCCCUCCUCUGGCAAUCAAAGACCUGAAAUUGAUGGGUGUCAAGGUGGUGGACUGGAGGCGAUCUUUUAUCACCACUGACGUGAACCCAUUCUACGACUCCUUUGUCAGGUGGCAGUUUGUCACUCUGAAAGAGAGAAAAAAGAUCAAGUUUGGCAAAAGGUAUACAAUCUACUCUCCCAAAGAUGGACAGCCGUGCAUGGACCAUGACAGGCAAACUGGAGAGGGAGUUGGACCUCAGGAGUACACGCUCAUCAAGAUGAAGAUAGUAGAGCCUUAUACGGCAAAAUUCAAAUCCAAAGUCUUUUAUAGCAGCGGGAUGAAAGGGAAAAACAUCUUCCUCGUGGCCGCCACGCUGAGACCAGAAACCAUGUUCGGCCAGACCAACUGCUGGGUGAGACCCGACAUGAAGUACGUGGCCUUCGAAACAGCCAGCGGAGACGUCUUCAUCUGCAGCAGCAGGUCCGCCAGGAACAUGUCUUUCCAGGGCUUCACCAAGGAGAACGGAGUGGUGCCGGUGGUCAUGGAAAUACUGGGACAGGAUAUACUUGGCAGUGCCCUUAGUGCUCCUCUGACCUCGUACAAGAUCAUCUACGCUCUGCCAAUGCUCACCAUCAAGGAGGACAAAGGUACGGGUGUCGUUACCAGCGUGCCCUCUGAUGCCCCUGAUGAUAUCGCUGCUCUUCGGGACAUCAAGAAAAAACAGGCUCUACGGGAAAAGUAUGGAAUUGAAGACAAGAUGGUGCUGCCUUUUGAGCCGGUCCCUAUCAUAGAGAUCCCAGGCUAUGGGAACUUGUCUGCCCCUCUGGUGUGCGACGAGCUGAAGAUCCAGAGUCAGAAUGACAAAGAGAAGCUGGCCGAGGCCAAAGAGAAGGUUUACCUGAAGGGAUUUUAUGAGGGGAUCAUGCUGGUCAACGGCUACAAGGGGCAGAAGGUCCAGGAUGUGAAGAAGCCCAUCCAGAAGAUGAUGGUGGAGAAGGGUGAGGCCAUGAUGUACAUGGAGCCAGAAAAGCAGGUCAUGUCCCGCUCAGCCGAUGAGUGUGUGGUUGCUCUCUGUGACCAGUGGUAUUUGGACUAUGGAGAUGCUGAGUGGAAGCAGCAGGCCAAUGAAGUCCUCAAGACUUUAGAGACAUUUUGUGAGGAAACCAGGAGAAACUUUGAGGCAACUCUGGCCUGGCUGCAGGAACAUGCCUGCUCUCGUACCUACGGCCUCGGAACGCGGCUGCCUUGGGACGAGCAGUGGCUGAUUGAGUCGCUAUCGGACUCCACCAUCUACAUGGCGUACUACACCGUAGCACACCUCCUCCAGGGAGGCGUUCUCAACGGACAGGGAGACUCACCGCUGGGCAUAAAGCCGGAGCAGAUGACCAGAGAGGUGUGGGACUUCAUCUUCUUCAAGACAUCUCCGUUUCCCAAGACCCAGAUUCCUAAAGAGCACCUGCAAAAGUUGAGGAGGGAGUUUGAGUACUGGUACCCCGUGGACGUCCGCGUGUCCGGCAAAGAUUUGGUGCCCAACCACCUCUCCUACUACCUGUACAACCAUGUGGCCAUGUGGCCCAAAGACAGUGGGAAGUGGCCACAAGCAGUGAGAGCCAACGGACAUCUGCUCCUCAACUCUGAAAAGAUGUCCAAAUCGACAGGAAACUUCCUCACUCUCAGUCAAGCCAUUGACAAGUUCUCAGCCGAUGGUAUGCGUCUGGCUCUGGCUGAUGCCGGAGACACAGUGGAGGACGCCAACUUUGUGGAGACCAUGGCUGACGCCGGCAUCCUCCGCCUGUACACGUGGGUGGAUGAGAUGAAUGCAGGCAUCUUGAAGACGGAGCAGCACUAUGAGAGGAUGAUGUAUAAGGAGGCCCUCAAGACUGGCUUCUUCGAGUUUCAGGCCGCCAAAGAUAAGUACCGCGAGCUCGCCAUCGAAGGGAUGCACAGAGACCUCGUCUUCCAGUUCAUAGAGAGACAAACGCUUCUGCUGGCCCCCAUCUGCCCACACCUGUGUGAAUACACAUGGGGACUGCUUGGCAAGACGGGGUCUCUGAUGAAGGCAUCGUGGCCUGCGGCGGGGCCAGUGGACGAGAUUCUGAUCCGUUCCUCUCAGUACCUGAUGGAAACCGCACACGACCUCCGUUUGAGACUAAAGGCAUACAUGCUUCCCCCAAAAAGCAAGAAAGGUGACUCAAAGCCCCCCGCCAAGCCCUCCCACUGCACCAUCUACGUGGCCAAGAGCUACCCUCCCUGGCAGCACAGUGCCUUAUCCUUGCUGGGCAAGCACUACAAAAGUAACAACAAGGUCCUUCCAGACAACAAAGUGAUAGCGAGCGAGUUGGGAGCCCUUCCUGAGCUCAAGAAAUACAUGAAAAGAGUCAUGCCUUUUGUCGCCAUGAUCAAGGAGAACCUUGAGAAAAACGGGCCCAGGGUCCUGGAUCUGGAGCUGGAGUUUGAUGAGCGGGCCGUCCUCAUGGAGAACCUGGUGUACCUGACUAAUUCUCUGGAGUUGGAGCAGAUUGAUGUCUUAUUUGCAUCGGAGGCUGAUGACAAAGUGAAGGAGGACUGUUGCCCUGGGAAACCAUUCAGCAUUUUCAGAUCUGAGCCCGGAGUGAGCGUCUCUCUGGUCAACCCUCAGCCGUCCAACGGCCUGUUCUCCACUAAGGUCGACAUCAGACAGGGGGACAGCAAAGACAACAUCGUCCGCCGGCUAGCCAAAGUCAACCGGCUCAUUAAAGAUCUGUCCAGAGUGAAGCUGAUGAGGUAUGAGGACCCCGUACUAGGACCUCGCCGGGUGCCCAUUUUGGGGCAGGAGGAAAAAGGCAAACAGCCAAUCUCCAGCAAAUCUGUGUUCAACAUAAAUCUGGAGGAGAAGAGGAUCACGUUGUCCGACAACGGCCUGAGCGUCGACAUCGGGGACACCCUGGUUUAUCUGAUCCAUUAGGGGCCGCAUUCGCUCUCACACAGACACACAAGAGCCCGUUAUGUCACAGUUAAGCAGGAAACUCAGAGUAACAACACUGGCUGUUUUCUGCAAUCUUCAAAUGGACAUAUAAGAAUAAAGAAAGCAGAGGGACCUGGUAGAAAGCUCCAGACCUUUAUGGAACAUGCCGCACGUUUUCAUUUGGGUUUGACUUUCGGUUGUCACGCCGACACACAUCUGUACUUAAGGGCUUAUCAUAACGGAUUGCUGGUUCUGCAAAUGCUUUCUGCUUUACAUUGUAGUACAGUUGAAUAAGAGAAUAACUCCAAGCUAAUCUUAUCUUCAGGAGUUGGGUUAGAAACACCAGUAGCCAGUUGUUCAAGUCCCUCUAUUAUGUUCAAUCUUGCAGUUUUACUGUCUGGUCCAGUCCUUUCCUGAUUCAUACUAAAUUAGCCAUCCAACGAGUAAUCAAGCUUUAAAGCACAUCUUUUCUCAGAGGUAUCGGACAAAUACUUAGAACCAUCUCACAUUCGUCCGUUGGCCACUUUCUACUUUGUGAGAGUGCUUCUGCAGCCUUUUGAAUGAACGGUAUUUUCAUAGCAGCGGUAAUGUGUCUUUUGUGUCAUUUUCUACAUCGGGGGGAGGCCUGUUGUUCUGUGGCGUCCUGUCAGCCUAUCGGGCAGCUUUCCCUUUUGCCGUCUGUCAGUCAUGCUUGUCUGACCUUUUUCCAUAGAAAUAAAACUGAUGCAACAUUCAGC